ACACAGAACUGUCUAACUUUAUUGACUCCUCACAAAUCACCCAAACAUCAUUGGAAUAACUACUGGAAACUUUUCACACAGAGUUAAUGUACAUUACAAGGGACAAACAGCAAUUCCCCUUAACUUGAAUUAAAAACUUGUUCUUUCCAACCACUACCUGUUGUAUCCCCACUGUCCACAGUGAUUGCAGAACUAUGGAUAAAAUGUUCUGGGUGGUUUCAGUCUGUCUGUUCCAGCUGGUGGUCUACACUGCAGCCCAGACCAGUGGGCUCGUGGUUCAGUCAGUGCCACCGGUGAUUGGGGGGGACAUGGUUAAGACCAAACUGAAGGAGAUUGUGUCUCUGACCUGUGAGUCGGCGGCCAGGGAAGAAGCCACUACGGAGCUAGAGUGGCUAAGGAACGGGGUGCAGGUGAGCCUGGCGGAGGGUAACAAGUUGGGUCGCAGCAGCCUCUGUGUCAGCCCUGUCACCCUGGAAGACCAUGCAGCCAUCUUUACCUGCCAGCUGAAGGGCGAUGCCAGUGUCAAUGCCUCAGUCACUCUGGAUAUCACAUAUGCCCCAGUGCUUUCCGGGUUGGAAGAGGUGUCCGUGGAAGAGGAGGCGGAGCUUGCACUGGAGUGCGAUGUCCAUGCCAAUCCCUUUGUCUCUGUGUCAUGGCAACAGCAUGGAAAAGCACUCGACCUAUCAGAAGGCAAAUUUGUGGUGACCAAUGAUGGCUACAAGUCCCGUCUAACCGUGCUCCGAGUGGACAGAAGUAUGCACCAGGGCACCUAUGAAUGUGUGACAUCAUCCGACGUCCACGGAACCCAGAGCAAGACCUUCAAUGCCACCGUCACAGAGAAGACGACAAAGUUUCCUCUGAUGCCAAUGAUAGCAGGGCUGGUGGUGGUGUUCUGCACCAUCCUGCUUGCUGUGGUGUCCCGUUGGAAGAAGAUCACACAGUGCUGCAAGUAGAGAAGUUACCCUUUGACCUGUCCAGGUCUCUGACCCUGUCCAAUCAACAUUGGGGACAUGGUUUGGUGUUUGCUGUUUGACAGGAGCUCGUAUCUAGUACCUAAGUAUCCACAGAUUAUCUGGACUGUACCAUACGUACUGUGUCUCUUUGUAAUUGAUUACAUCUGGCAUUGUCAUUAAAUACUUGAUGAGAGAAGGAUGUACUUCCUAGUCUCUACCUUGACGUGCUUGACCAUUU